GAGAGUUGCCCAAGUGAAGUGAACUGAAAUGAAAUGAAAGCGUCGGCGGCGGCAACAGAGUUAGCGACCCGUAUAAGCCGAGCUCUGAUCUCGGCUUCCAACAACACGAAGCCAACUCGGUCAUGGAAUCCUUCACUCGAGAAUCUCCUCUACCGCCUCGGUUGCCGCGACUCACUGAGUCCCCAACUCGUGGCCCGAGUCAUCGAUCCUUUCCUCCUCAACCACCACUCUCUGGCUCUCGGCUUCUUCAACUGGGCUUCUCAGCAGCCCUCCUUCUCCCACACCUCCCUCACCUACCAAUCAGUCCUCAAGUCUCUCUCUUUUUCCCGCCAAUUCUCCGCCAUCGAUGCUCUGCUCAAGCAGGUCAGAACCCACAAGAUCCCCCUCGACGGUUCCGCGUAUCGCUCCGUGAUUGCCUCGCUGAUCAUAGGGAAGAGGACCCUCCAUGCGUUCUUGGUGUUCGGUAAUGUUGAGGUUGAAGACAUUGGGAGCGAGAUUUGCAACUCACUUUUGGCUGGUUUGGCUUCUGAUGGCUACUUUGAUCAUGCCCACAAGGUGUUCGAUCAAAUGACUGGAAGAGGUGUUCCUGUGAGCACAACUGGGUUUGGUUUGUUUGCAUGGAGGUUGUGUGGGAAUGGUGAGUUGAGUAAGAUUUUGAGUGUGUUGGAUGAGGUUAGGAGGGGUGGUUCGGAGAUUAAUGGGUCUGUCGUGGCGCUUUUGAUUGUCCACGGGCUCUGUCGGGCUUCAAGAGUUUCAGAGGCUUUCUGGGUACUGGAUGAGCUGAGGAGGAGAGAUUGUAAACCGGAUUUCAUGGCGUAUAGGAUUGUUGCUGAAGCCUUUCGAUGUGAGGGCAGUGUGGUUGAUAGAGAGAAGGUUUUGAAGAUGAAGAGAAAGCUAGGGGUAGCUCCGAGGAGUGGUGAUUAUAGAGAAUUCAUACUCGGGUUGAUUUCUGAGAGACGGAUAUCUGAAGCAAAGGAAUUGGGACAAGUGAUUGUUAGUGGGAACUUUCCAAUCGAAGAUGAUGUUCUCAAUGUGUUGAUAGGGUCAGUGUCAAACGUUGACCCUGGCUCUGCAAUGAUGUUUUUCAAGUUCAUGGUUGGAAAAGCGAGAUUCCCUACUCUUUUGACAUUGAGCAAUUUGUGUAGGAAUCUAUGCAAGCAUGGCAAGAACGAUGAAUUAGGGGAAGUUUUUCGAGUUUUGUCUUCAGGUGGUUAUUUUAAAGAUUUGGACACUUACAAUGUGAUGGUGGCAUUCCUGUGCAAAGCAGGAAUGGUGAAGGAAGCCUAUGGAGUGCUUCCGGAGAUGAAGAAGAAAGGGUUGAGCCCAGAUCUUUCAACUUACAAUUCUCUUAUUGAAGCAUGUUGUAGAGAAGAUCUACUGAGGCCUGCUAAAAGGCUGUGGGAUGAGAUGUUUGCAAAUGGGUGCAGAGGAAAUUUGAAGACUUACAACAUCUUAAUUCAAAAAAUUUCGGAAGUAGGCCCAGCUGAUGAGGCUCUACGGCUCUUUUACCACAUGUUGGGAAGAGAAGUUACACCUGAUGCGAUGACUUACACAACUCUGCUUGAAGGGCUUUGUCAAGAAGCAAAACUUCAAGCUGCUUUGGAAGUUUUCGACAAGUGUGUUGAACAAGAUUUGAUGCUUGCCCAAACUGUGUUGAGUACAUUCAUCCUCUAUUUAUGCAAAGCAGGUCUUUACUCUGCCGCGUCUAGCUUACUCUGCCGCCUCAGUUUUAAUGUAACGCUGUCAGAUUCUCAUGUAGUUUUGCUGAAAUCUUUAGCCGACGCUAAAGAGAUUCCAGUGGCGAUUGAACACAUUAAAUGGGUCCGGAAAGCUUCACCCUCCAUGUUGCAAACCAUAUCGAACGAACUAGCAUCAAUUUCUUCUUUGCCAACACCAGAACCAAUUUUACAGUUGCUUAAAACAAUGUAGAAAUUUUCAGGGCUGGAGCAAUAAUAUGCUUGGAAGGAUUUUCAGUUCAUAUCAGUAUGCACAGCUUGCAAUCUGUGCAUAAAUUUUAAGCACACGUGCUGUAUUGCAUCAUAGCUUGAUAAAAUUGAUUUAGAUUCUGAUAAGUUGAAGAUCAGAAUGCUUUUUUAUUUUUGGUUUGUUGCGAUG